GCUGUUUUAUUAAAGGGUUCACUGUAAAAGGUGAAAGGGAAUUAAUGUUUAAGUGAGUAUCGAGUAUUGGUGGAUGUUUAUGGUUGAUGAUGAGAAGAUCUUCAUCAAGACCUCAGCAACUUAGAGAGCAGCUUCUUCAGGCCAUCGAUGAGCAAAAUAAUAUUCAUAAUGUGGCAGCGGUAUUGGAUGUAAUAUACUGCCUGGAAAGAUACCCGAUGACUAAAGAGGCUCUGAUGGAAACCAGGCUUGGAAAGUUAAUCAAUGAUGUGAGAAAAAAGUGCGCGGAUGAAGAUGUUGUUAAACGUCUAAAAAGACUUGUACGAAGUUGGCAGGGCCUGAUCGGAGUAAAAGGAGUCACAGAAAAAGAGCUCUCAUGCCCUGCUGACACAGCACGUUCUAUACGAGGCAAAUUAGUUUCUAGAUCAACUCAAACCUUUGGGAAUUUUGUUAACAGUAACGUGAACCAAAGAGCAGAAAGCUGUCAUAGCUCUGCUUCUGGCAAAUCCACAAAUCAUUUCAGACGAAGCAAAAUCCCCAUCCGUUCAAUCAACCCAUAUUCUUCAUCCCUCAUAUCUACUAAACAGCCUUAUGCUUCCAUGAAUGUGAGAACAUCUCUGUCCUACCAGCCACCCCAAGACCAUCAAAAUGUCAGAUACCUGCAGAAGUCCAAAAGUGCCCAUGCCACUCAAGAGAACCUGGUGACCGGGGAACCGGCACUGUCCACCAGCUCUGUUUCUCAUGUGCCUCCAGAUUCUUCUGUUCAGGACCCUCACACGAAGGCAGAACAGCUGUCAGACUUCAUGAACAGCAACGUACUCAAAAACACUUCAAAGAACGAUAACCUGUUCUCACCCCCUGAGGUUUCUAAUGGAGACAAAGAGACAACUGUGAGAACCUUUGAGAAUGAAGCGAUAAAGAAUCACCACUGCACCUCAAACGACAAACACAAUGGACAUCACAUAGAGGACAAUAACAAACCUGCACAGCUGAAUGUAAGCAAUAUAGCAUAUGACCAUCAUACUAAACAAGUCAAAUUGAUUUCAUACAAAACACUUGAAGACUGUCGGAGAACAGCAGAAAGUGCAGCUCAGGGAUCUGAGGAGCUCCUUGUCCAGGAGACAAAUACAAGUGAGCCUUCCCAAAGUAUAAUGAUUAAGCCUGACAUGGUCUUCCAGAAUAUCUUGACCACAGAGAGUCAAACUUUAGGGAGGAAUUUAAAUGUGGCUGAGAAUUUGAAGCAAGGGGAUCAUGCUGUCAAAGAGUGUGGAAAAGCAAAUGUACCAGAUUUCUGCAUGACAGAGCUCCCAGGGAUCCGCCGAGACCUCACGGAGAAUGAUCUUUAUAGAUUACAUCAUGACCAAUGGCAUGGAGUGAACGGAUGUUAUGAUAAGAGAAAGAACUGGUAUGACUGGACACAGUCUUUUACUCUGGAUUCACACGGGAGUCCACUUAAGAUCUCGCCUUAUGUUUGCAUAGAUACAGACUGUAGGGUUUGAAAGAAUUUUUUUUUACAAACAUUUCUACAGAAGUAGUUUCUCUUGUUUGUCAUGUGUGCGUUUCAAAUUAUUGUAGUAAUUAUAAGUGAACACCUCAGUCUGACAAACGUGCUAUGUGCAUGACACGUGUUGGUUUCUUUAACAAAUUGUAUUUCUGUAUAAAAUGUUUUAGGAAUUAUAGAUUUUUUUUCAAUUGGCUAAAUAAAGACUUCAUGUUCUUA